AUGGCGUCUGCCGGCAGUGUGUUGUCUAAGGAGCAGCUCCUCUGCCCCAUCUGUCUGGAUCUGCUUGACCAGCCGGUCUCCACUCCUUGCGGGCACAACUUCUGCAGAGACUGCGUACAGGGAUACUGGAAGAGCGCGAAUGUGUCGCAGUGCCCUAUGUGCAAGCAGAAGUUCUCCCGGAGGCCCGAGCUCAAAGUGAACACCUUCAUCUCAGAGGUGGCCUCCCAGUUCAAGAAGGCGUUGGAGAAAAAAGACAAAAGCGAAGCCGGCACAGGGGACCGAUGUUCAGGAAACGUUUCAUGUGACGUGUGCGUCGGGAAAAGAGUCAAGGCUCAGAAAUCCUGCCUGGACUGUUUGGCCUCCUUCUGUGAGACUCAUCUUGAGCCUCAUCAUGUUCUAGGCACCUUCAAAAAACACCGGCUGGUCAAUCCCACCAUGGACAUGAGAGACAGAGUGUGUGAGAAGCACGAUAAACUCCUGGAGCUGUUCUGCAGCACCGACCAGUCGUACGUGUGCCAGCUGUGCAUCAAGAGAGACCACAAGGCACAUCAAACGGUUCCUAUUGAAGACGAGAGCAGAGAAAAGAGAGCUCAGAUCAUGAAGGUAAACCAAGAGGUGGAAGAAAGGAUCAAAGGACGACAGCAGAGAAUCAGCAAAAUUGACAAAACCUUUGAGCUCAGCAAAGGAAGCACAGAAAGAGAGAUUGAGGAUAGUUUGCAAGUCUUCACCAAACUGCUGCAGAUUGUCCAGAGAGGACAGACGGAGGUGGUGGAGGCGAUCGGUGCAAAGCAGAAACAAGUUGAAAGCAAGGCGAGGGGACUCGUCGCUGAGCUGGAGCAGGAGAUCGAUGAGCUGAGGCGAAGAAGCACAGAGCUGGAGCAGCUCUCACACUCUGAUGAUGACUUUUACCUUCUCCAGAGCUUUCCAGCUUUAUCUGCACAUCCAGCCACCAAAGACUGGUCCGACACUGAGGUGGAGAGCGCUGUGUACGUGGGCACGGUGAGGAGAGCGGUCCGGAGAGUGGUCACUCAGCUGGAGGAGACCGUCAAGACCGAGGUGAAGAGGUUGUGUGAGAGCGAGUUUAUAAGGGUUCAGCAGUUUGCUGUGGAUGUGACUCUGGACAUGGACACGGCCCAUCCCAAACUGGUGCUGUCUGAGAACAGGAAACAGGUUCAUCACGGCGAUGUGGCGCUGAGCCUCCCGGACAACCCCGAGAGGUUCUACCCCGGUGUUAGUAUUCUGGGGAAGCAGGGUUUCUCCUGUGGCAGGUUCUACUACGAGGUCCAAGUGAAAGGGAAGACAGAGUGGGAUAUCGGAGUCGGGCUGGAAUCCGUCAACAGAAAAGGAGGAAGUAUGCUCAACCCCGAAGGAGGCUACUGGACCCUGGGGAUGAGAAGGGACAAGAGCUACUGGGCGCUCAGCAGCACUCCGGUCUGUGUGCCGCUGGUGGAGAAGCCGCAGAGAGUCGGGGUCUAUGUGGAUGUUGAGUGGGGGCAGGUCUCUUUUUACAAUGCUGAAUCUGCUUCCCAUAUUUACUCCUUCACCGGGUACUCUUUCAAUGAGAAACUCUUCCCCUACUUCAACCCGCGGCGAAAUCAUGGUGGCAUCAACUCUGCACCUCUGAUCAUCUCGCCUGUCAAUGUCUAA